AUGAUCCCACUAUUUGUAGUUCUGUUAGCCCUAAAUCUUGGGUUGGCCAGCAAAGCUCAGGUGAAUCUUCAUGAAACGAGCCAUUUCCUCUUUGCUACAGUGGGCGACAGCAUCACCUUAACCUGCGACUAUGAAGACAAGAACAAAAUGCUUGGUGCCAUGCAAUACUGGUACAAGGAAAGUUUGGGCACGAAACCAACACGCAUUUCUUCAUUCUCUAAAUAUUAUCAAACCAAAAGUUUGCAUGGAGAAUUCAACCAAAGCCAUCGUUUCACACUGGAUGCUGACCAUGAGAAUAAUAACCUGAAUAUAAAACAUGUCCAAAUGUCCGACUCAGCAGUUUACCUGUGCAUAACUUGUUUUCUACAUAAUGUAGACAUCAUAGAAAGUGUCACUUUGAUUGUGAAGAGUUUGAGCCCAACAGCUGAGGUCCGUCAGUCUCCACAUGAAGACACAGAACCAGGACAUUCUGUGACUCUAAACUGUAACGUCACGACUGAGAGCUGUGAAGGAGAGCACGGGGUUCACUGGUUCAAACAGUCUGAAGAGUCUGCUGCAGGAGUCCUUUACAGUCAUGGAGGCAGCAGUGAUCAGUGUGAGAGCAAUACAGACAGUCCAACAAAGUCCUGUGUCUACAAACUCCCCAUACACAAUGUGAGCUCAGAGCAGACUGGGACCUACUACUGUGCUGUGGCUGCCUGUGGACAAGUCCUGUUUGGGAAUGGGACCAGGAUCUGUUUAAAAAAUGACUCUGACAAUAUGGUUUACUUUCUGAGUGGAGUUUCUGUAUUCAGCAUAAGCCUGGUCAUUUUGCUCACAUUUUGCCUGUACACGCAAAGCAAGACAGACACAUGCAUGAGAAAUUCUACAACAAAGACUAAGGAUUUCCCCAAAUUUCUCCAGUACAGGGCCACAGAACAGGUGAACAGAAGGAGCGGGCAGACACCUGACACAUGGAGUGAAUGCAUCUACUUCAGUGUGGAAAAAUGA